UUAAAAAAAAAUUGGCAUUGAAGAUGUGAAAUAGUAGAAUUCCCAAGAGAAGGAAAAUACUUGAAAUUUGCAUUCUCCCAUCCUCAACCCCGAUCUGUUGCUGGGUCCUUCACGAGUUCUGUAUCAACCAGAUUAUCGCGGAUUAUGAUCAAAGUAGCACCUGCUUCUUCUUUAUCCAUUUUUCGGUUCUGCAGUGCAAGUUGCAGUCUAAGUCUUCUCUCUCAGGUAAAUUCAUUUCCUACAGUAUUCUAUAAGCUACAUACAGAGAGAUAUAUAGCUAGUAAAUGUUGCAAGCAAUCAAACUCGCUGUUCUGAUAAUAAAGGGGUUGACUCCAAUUAAUUCGUUUCUCUAAUGGAAGUUCCCAAAUCCCCUUCCAAAGACAAACGAUUCGUCACCAAACAUAAAUGGUUGUUUAAAAUUGUCGCAGUUUUUUUCAUUGCGAUGCUGUUGUUUCUGGGAUUCUAUCUUGAAUCUUAUAGUCGGAAACCAAAUGCGUCGUCGUAUUACACUGUUGUUAUAGACUGUGGAAGCACAGGGACACGUGUUAAUGUUUAUGAGUGGAUGCUUGGGAGUGUUGUAGGUAAGACAAAUUUACCAAUUUUGCUACAUUCAUAUCCUGAUAGUAAUAACAAUGUAAUAACCAAAAAGAGUUCACUUUGGAAAACCUCUUGUCAAUAUCACUGUAUGCAAACCGAACCCGGGUUAGACAAAUAUGUUAAUGAUUCUUUAGGUGUAAGACAAGCUUUGGAGCCUUUGAUUGUAUGGGCAGAAAGUUUAGUGCCGCGUGAAAUGCACCGUGAAACGCCUAUUUUUGUUCUGGCUACUGCUGGACUGAGGAGGAUUCCGAAGGAUGAUGCUUUUCGGGUUUUGAAGGAUGUUGAAGCUGUUGUGAAAGAUCACUCUUUUAUGUUUGAUAUGAGGUGGAUAAGGGUUUUGAGUGGGAGGGAGGAAGCUUAUUAUGGUUGGGUGGCUUUGAAUUACAAAAUGGGUAGCUUUGAUGAUCAUUCUGGGUCGCCCACUUUGGGACUUGUUGAUUUGGGUGGCUCGUCGUUGCAGAUUGUGGUGGAGAUAGAUCGUGUUACUGGGGACAAUGAGCACGUGAUGAGACCAGACUUCGGGUCAUUUGAACAUAGGAUUGUGGCGUAUUCGUUGCCUGCAUUUGGAUUAAAUGAAGCGUUUGAUAGGACUGUUGUUAUGCUCAGAAAUAAUCAGAGUGUAGAAAGAAGUAGAGGUGCAUCUGAACUCAGACAUCCUUGUCUGAUGUCUACUUUUGUACAAAAUUAUACCUCUGGAUUUGAUGCCACUGACCAAAAAAAUCAUAACCAACUCCAGAAAACCGAACUUCAUUCUCUAAGUCUUGUUGGGAAACCGAAUUGGGAACAAUGCAGAGAAAUAGCUAUUGCUGCUGCUAUGAACUUGAGUGAUUCCCAAGUGUCACAUCAGGCAGUUGGUGCAAAUUGCCAAACAAGUUUAUUUUCUGGCAUUGGCACCGGUGUACUUAAUUCAACAGCUGUUGCUCACCCAACAAAGCGAUUUCAUGCUUUAUCUGGUUUCUUUUUUGUCUACAAUAAGCUAAAUUUGAGGCCAAGAGCCAAUUUAACAAUGAUUUGGGAGUCAGGCAAGCAAAUAUGUUCAGAUUUAUGGGCUGGUUUGAGCAGUAUUUCAGAAAAUCCAAAUUAUGCUGGACAAUUUUGUUUCCGGGUGGCUUAUAUGGCAUCAUUGAUUGACUAUGGUCUAUGUCUUGGUGACAUAGAAAUGGAAUUUGGUCCUGGUGAUGUGUCCUGGACAUUAGGAGCUGCAUUGGUUGAAGGGAAAUUUGAAUGGUUAAAUAUUUCAAGCCACAAAUCACAUACUAUAAUUUCAACUUUAAAGAAUGUGAAGGUCUUAUCUUCUUCAACUUCUCUCUUUGCUGUCCUUCUGUUGCUCUUAUUGAUUGUUUAUUGUAGUCAAAUCAAGUUACCUAUGCCAAGCAGAAGGGCUUCUGCUCCUGGCUUAUCUUUGCCAUCCUAUACUCAAACAAGACAUCGAGCUAAAUAAUAUUUCAGCAUACUUGUAUCUUUCCUUUGCCAUCCUAUACUCAUUUUGAAAGGACAUGAUACUGAAGAUUUUAGAAACCAAUGAUAUUAUAUAGGUAUACUCAAUUUUUUUAAA